GAGUGCUCCGGCAGGCGGCGCAUGGGUCGCCGGGUGCCCUGGCUGCGGCGCAACAGCGACAUCAGCUUCAACUCGGCCGACUUUUUCGUGGGCGGCCUGAGCCAGGCGAUCCUGGACCGGCCGCCCUCGUACGCCGAGGAGGACGUCGACAAGCCGCCGGCUUACGAGGACCUCUUCCCAGAGGACGGUGUGGAUAAUGCGGCGUUCUCCCCGGACUCCCCGUCGGGAUCCCAGCCGCCGCCGCAGCGGCACCACCACCACCAUCACCAACCCCCGCAGCGGCAGCCGGCUGCAGCCGCGGCGGCCGCUGACCUGUCGGCCGUGUCCCAGCCAGUGGUGGUGGUGCGCGGCCACCGCAGAGGCCUGUCGGGACCGGCCGCCAUCCACCUCGGCACCGCCGACCAGACCGAGAGGGUCACUGCCGAACAGGCUAGCCAGGUCAUUGCGGAACAGACUGGCCAGGUCACUGCGGAACAUAAUAACCAGGUCACUGAGGAACGUACCGGGCAGGUCACUGCGGAACUAGGUGGUCAGGCCACUGUGGAACAGAACGGUCUGGCCAUUGCGGAACAAAACGGUCAGGCUGCUGCGGAACAAACUGUGGAAUUAAAUGGUCAGACUGCUGCGGAACAAAGCGAUCAGAAUGUGACUGAGGAACAAAACCAAAAGACCCCCGUAGAUGAAGACGGCGAAAUGGCUUCCGCUGAAGACGGAGUUCAGCACCCGACUGAAAAAGACCGCGGUCAGAAGCCCGCCGAGGAAACAGCCAGUGCAGUGACCUCCGAGCGUGAUAUGGUUCCUGCUGACCCGAGUACGACAGCAGACGGCGAACAGAGCGACACGGCGACCACCGAACAGACUGUCUCGACUGCGUCUGAGCCGACCAGCGCCGUGCCUACCGCACAGGCCAGCGGAGUGGCCUCUGGACAGUGUAACGAUACCCGCACCAGCACCCCGGCAUCCGAACAGGCCGAUGUCAUCACGAGCAGCAGCGAGAAAUCACCCAUCAGCUACUCCCCGCGGCCGGGAGCCGAUGGGGCGCCGCGGCUCACGGCGCCGGAGACCAACUCUCGCCGCCAGACGAGCGGCUCUGACGGGCCGGGCGCGCCGCCGACGGACUGUGACCCGCCUGUCGAGCCGACAGAGGUCUGGGAGGACGUCCAGCUGUGAUGAGACGGCGCCGCGGCCUCACUGGGUACGUGACAUACCGGCGGGCGCGGGUAGGCGCCGGGCUGAGCGGGGGUCUGAUAGAGGCCGGUGCUGCACUUAUGGCGGUGGCGUGUCAAGCCAGAUGGUUUUAGAUG